ACACCGUGUCGAGAGAGUGUUUGCUUGGCGGCGAAGUGUUGCGGACGAAUCUUCGGCAAACAGUCCGGCCCACGUUUCCUUCCACCUUUGCCGAUCGGUCGGGUCUGCCUCUCCCGUACUCGCUCGCCCGCUCGCGCGGCCAUUCGUGGCUUCGCUUUCAAGUCUCUGCGUCGUCAUCGCCCUCCCGAAGCAAAAGAUCGUCGGCGUCGCUCCUUCUGCGGACUCAUUUCGGCACCCAUUGCGCAGUCGUCUCGAGAGUUCUUCGAUUGAUCAUCGGAUUUGUGCGGAUUGCUGAAUUUUGACUCACACCUCCAGCGAGAGACGGGAGGGAGUUUGGAGCGGAGCUGUUGUCGGGCGAGUGCAGCGAGAAUGUCUCGAAGAGAUGAUUCGUAUCCACGAUUAGUUAAUCGCGAAGAGGAGGAGGAGGAAGGAGAAUGGGUGGCGGAUUUCUGUGGGUGUUUGGCGGAUCCACCAAUAUGUCUGCUGACGAUGUUUUGCCCUUGCAUAGGGGCGGGAAUGGUCAUCGAGAAGCUGGAUGACGGAAGAACACACUGCUUGGCAGCUUCGCUGGUUUGGGCGGUUCUUCAAGGAUUGACGUCUUGUGGGUGUCUGUACUCCUGCACAUACAGAAGGAAGCUCAGGAACAUGUACAAUCUUCCCAGUCGGCCUUGUCCAGACAGUCUCACUCACCUCGUCUGCUUUCCAUGCGCAAUUUGCCAGGAGCUACGCGAGUUGAAGGCAAGAGAGACAUCGUACUAUGGCUUUGGAGAGGAUAUGAGGACCAGUGUGAUGCCUCCUCGUCGUCAGAUCAUGGAUUCGCGAUGAUGUCAAGCUCGCGCCCCGUGCAUUUGACGUCAUCAGCUCCCCCGGCGCUGAUGGUAACUCUCAUUCUCACUUUGUAAUGAUGUCCUCCGGGCCCUUUGGCCUCUCCUCGCAGGAGUUUGUUUUUCAGCUUCUCCAUCACGAGCCCUUUCGAGAGUCGUUCUUCCCUGCACCAAAGGACGUUUCUGAGUCUAAGAAAACUUGUAUAUCUCGAGAUGCGACGUAAGCUACAUGAAAGUUCUGGAUUUCUGGUGUUCCUGUCGUCAAUCCGGCGUAUCCUGACUCGAUGGUCUGAGCCCAAGAAUCUUCCGACGCACCACAUAUAACGCUUCAUCGUCGGAUAUAAGAAAUUGCAACUUUCGUUCUCGAGGUUCACUCUCCCAAUAGCGGCAAGAAAUUUUGUACGAAUUGUUCUUGAAUGUAAAUAUGCGUGGGAAAGUUAGAAAAUCUCAUUCUUGUAGUACAUAGGCAUUAUGUUGUGGUUAUUAUCCUGCUAUCUGUUCAGGAUACUACCCAGAAAAAUAUUACAGUAGUUUUCACCGUGGCGAUCCCUCCCAUGAAUCUGCGGCGUAGGAGCAGAGUGAGUUGUUUUGUUGCCUUUCUUCCUCAUAGCUGUACACAAAGAACUUAGGUCAUCCUAUCAGUCGACAGUAUGUCCCUUGGGUUGGUAGGCGUAGUAAGCUAAUAUUUCUGCCAUUUUAAUUGCCGGACAAGAAGACUUGUUCGUCCUGUGUAUGUAGUAUAAAUACUUUUAUAAUAGUAUAGUUUGAAAACCCCUGUUU